AUGACAACUAUAAAAGGAGCAUGCUUUUGGGAUCUCUAUCAUUGCUUAACUUUCAUUGCCAUUAAUAGACCACUCAUUUUCUCUUUUCUUUCUUAUAAAACCAAUCCAGAUACUAAACCCCAAGUUCGCCCAAUCAACCCCGUGACCCCACUACCGCCGUCGUCAAUUCUAGCCGGAAAACAACAAAAAGAGAAGAAACCCUCAAUUGCAGAAAUUGAACGAACUAUUUGUAGUGGUGUCGAUUAUGAUGAAAAGGAUAUCAACCGAAAGCAGAGCAAGAAAAAAAUGGUGUUCAAUUCAGUUUUUUUGAAUUCAAUUGGGAGAACGGGAGGGGAUGUGGAGAAGAAGCUUUGAGAGAUUGGUGAAUGAAUAAUUGACAAAACCGAAGGCCCGUCCCGCUCUAGCAUUUCAGGGAAUGAUAUUCUUAAGGUGGUGUUCUUAUGGAUUCUUCCAUUGUGGAUCAUAUCAUUUCUUGUGGCUUCUGGGGUUGUGAUGAUGCCAAUCAUCUUCCAAUUUCUUAAUGAUAUGCUCGUGUGA